UGUGUGGGGGGCGGGAGGAUGUUCGGUGAUGGGACAACUUAGUUGGUCUUUGCCAGCUUACUUUCCAGUCCAUCAACAGAAGUUAGGACAAGGUUCUUAUCUAAAACAAACAAUAAACCUGUUCUCCUGCCUUGAUCCUGAAUGAAAGGUGCGAAGCAGAUUCAAGAGAGAUAAACCUUUAACAUUUAAGUUUUAGCCCAAUUAUGUUCCUACACUGCAAGUCAGACCAUUGAGAAAGAUUCCAGCCCUGAUGCAUUCUGCAACUACAUGUACAUUCAUUCGCCUGUCUCUGCUAAGCACAUUUUGAGGAAGUUUCUGUGCUUUGCACAAGUCAGCGACUUCCUGGAGAUAGCAUUGAGAACCUAUCGAGAGGGCGGCAGAGAGUUGUGAGUUACAUCACUAGUAUAUCAGGGACUAGCGGUUCAGGACUUUCGCAAACUUGGAGGAAGUUGUUCGCCUCGAACAUCCAUCAAGACGCAGGAGUGCGCCCUUCAAAGCCGUAUGGUGUUUAAUACCCCAGGCAGAGUCGAACUUCAGCUGGGUUAAAACAUGAGCACGUUUGCCUGUCUGAAAAACUUGGUUGUCAUCGCAUUAAUAUUGAGUGCCAGAAAUGAAAUUCAAGGUGUUACUACCUUAAACGCCACUACUACGAGUGUUACUACUUUAGCCACCACGCCUACGACAAUCACCAGCACCACGCCGACAGUGACUAAAAUAUCAAGCACUCAUGCAUCAUCCGCACGCACAGGUAACACAACAGCCACCUACAACAGCACCGCAGUGCCUACUGGAUCCACUCCUAGCACAGCAGUCCAAACUUCGACAGAACCUAAUGAUCAGAACUGUGAGGAUUAUAAUCUUUCUUGCACUGUAGCUAGUGUGUGGGAUACAUCUUUCACUCUGAAGAUAACAUCCAAUAUCAAUGAUAAUUUCAACAUUACUGUGAAGGUGUUCACUGAUCCCAACAAUACCAAUCGUCAUGUGUUCCUAUGUAAUACGACUCCAAAGGAAUGCUUGGUAGAAGUAAAGGGUCUUAACUCCUGUACCAACUAUGAAACAUCCAUAUUCGCCAUGAAUUGCACCAUACCUUGCAAUAACACAUCAAUAAUGACCAACCCAGAAAAGGGUUCUUUCAGCAUUGAACCAGAUAAAAACGAUCCGCAUACGUUCUCAGUGGUGCCAGAAAAUGAUUCACAAAGAUGCAAAGUGGAAUAUCAUUGGAAUUGUACCCAGAACAAAGGAACAAAUAAUUAUUCAAUGAAUGGACGAAGUAUCAAUAUUACAAAUCUUUGUGAUCAACAUGAAUGUAAUGUCACAAUCCGUAAUUCCAACAAUUGGACAGAAUUGAUACCGACAUCUCCGAUAGUACAACGUCCAGUACCAAGCACGCCGACUAUUUUGAAAAAUGAAGUUCGUAUUGGUAAUACAUCCAUUGUAGUGAGCUGGAAAAAAGCAAAUCCUGACUUAAAAUGCCUGUACUAUGUUUCCAUUAAUGGGUCAGGAAAGAACAAGUCGCCUGAACUUGUCAACAGCAACUUCUCACAUAACUUUACUGGACUGGAACCAUUCAAAUAUUAUACAGUUUGGGUUAAAGCUGUCAACACUGACUGCGAAAAUGUUAAUCAAUCAAGUCAGGAAGCCUUCAUCCACAAUCGAACUAACGAAGGGUGUCCAAAGACACUUGGAAAUGAACCAGAGCGUGUCUUGAUUGACCACAAUACCAUUGAAUUGAAAUGUAAAAAUCUAAGUGAGAGCGAAUACAACGGACGUGGUAUUCAGUACUGGGCGCGCAUAGACAAUGCGAAUUCUCCAAUCAAUCAUACAUCUUGUUAUUUCAGAUUCGAAAACCUGAACUAUCUAACCUUAUACAAUAAUGUACAGUUGAUUAUUGGCAAUGGUUUUUGCAACACCUCAAUUAAAGUCGAAGCGAUUAAAACUUCAUACAAUGACAAAGCAUUAAUUGGAUUCCUGGCAUUUCUGAUCAUUGUUACCACUAUAGCACUGGUCAUUGUCCUCUACAAAAUAUAUGUCUUGCAGAGGAAAUCUUCAAGACACCCCGAAGAAUCGGUGGAGCUUAUUGGACAUGAUGAUGAGAAGCAGCUGCUUACUGUGGAGCCUAUCCUUGCCGAACAACUGAUCGAUGCCUACAGGAGAAAGCAGGCGGAUGAAUCCAGGUUAUUCCUAGCGGAGUUCCAGAGCAUUCCGAGGGUUUUCACCAAAUUUUCAGUCAAGGAGGCUCGUAAAAAUUGUAACGUGAACAAGAAUCGUUACGUGGACAUCCUGCCAUAUGAUCAUAACCGUGUGCAACUUUCUCCAGUGUCCGGCGAGCAUGGGUCAGAUUACAUCAACGCUAGCUUCAUUGACGGCUUCAACGAACCGCGGAAGUACAUUGCUGCCCAAGGACCGAAAGAGGAAACAGCUGAUGAUUUCUGGAAAAUGGUGUGGGAACAGAAAGUGACUGUUGUCGUCAUGGUGACUCGCUGCGAGGAAGGGAAGCGGCCCAAGUGUACUCAGUAUUGGCCCACCAUGGAAGAGAAGUCCAUGUAUUUUGGGGACUUCUCAGUGAGAAUCAAGGAGGAGAAGUGGUGCCCGGACUAUGUCAUUCGCAAGCUCUUCAUUGCUCCGAAGGAAACGUCUCCAGAUCGAGAGGUGACGCAAAUCCAGUUCACCCGGUGGCCAGACCAUGGCGUUCCCGAGGACCCACAUCUUCUGCUCAAGCUGCGGCAGAGAGUUAAUACCUUCAGAAACCUAUUCAGCGGCCCUAUUGUUGUGCACUGCAGUGCUGGUGUGGGCCGCACAGGCAGCUACAUUGGGAUUGAUUCUAUGCUGCAGGCCCUCGAGGCAGAGGGGCGAGUGGAUGUUUAUGGCUACAUCGUUCAACUCCGCCGCCAACGCUGUCUCAUGGUCCAGGUGGAGGCCCAGUACAUUCUGAUCCACCAGGCUCUGCUGGAGUAUUACCUCUACGGGGAAACGCAGGUCAACCUGCCCGAGCUGCCCAAACACCUGAUUAACUUCAAAAAGCGAGACCCACCAACGGAGCCGUCCCUCCUGGAGUCCGAGUUCCAGAGGAUCCCAUUUUAUACUGAGUGGAGAUCCCAGAUGACAGGACGGCACGGAGAUAACCAACCCAAAAACCGCACUCCCUCCGUGAUUCCAUAUGAUUACAACAGAGUUCGUGUCAAGCUGGACAAUGACAAAAGCAAGGACAAUGAGAACCAGAAUGAGGAUGAUUCCUCCUCGGACGAGAGUGAAGAUGAAGAGACCUCCAAGUACAUCAAUGCUUCCUACAUAGACGGAUAUUGGCAUUCGGAGACACUGAUCGCCACUCAGAUUCCCCUGCCUGGAACUGUUGCUGAUUUCUGGUCCAUGGUAUAUCAAAGAAAGGCGAAUGUCAUUGCACUGCUAGGCUCAUUAAAAGACGAAAAGGAUGGUACACAAUUUUGGGAAGAAGAUAAGAAGACCUAUGAUGAUAUUGAGGUUAAGUUGUGUAAAUGCACUGAGCAGCCAGCAUUUACUGUUCGAGACUUUGAGAUACGACUUGCAAAGAGAGAAACGGCCCAGACAGUGCACCUGUACCAUUUUGACGACUGGAAUAAUUUGGACCUUCCAUCUACCCCCGGUAACUUGAUCGACAUGAUCAGGAAUAUCAAGGAGAAGCAGCUGGUGUUGAAAGAUGCUGACACUAAGAUGGUGCCACCCAUCAUUACACAGUGCAGCGAUGGAGCCAAGAGGACAGGGUUGUUCUACGCUCUCUGGAACCUACUUGACAGUGCAGAUACUGAAAAUGUAAUAGAUGUACUCCAGACAGUCAAAUCCCUACGCAAGCAAAGACCAGGAAUGCUCCCUAGCUUUGACCAGUACCAGUUUCUCUUUGACAUCAUUGCCAGCACCUACCCAGUUCAGAACGGGAUAUUUGACAACGGACCUGCACAAUCCUCUGUUGAGAUCAUUUCUGAGACCCCUUUGGAAGGCAAAUCUCAGCAGGAAGAUGCUUCAGACAGUAAGAAAGAAACAUCAGUUGCUGAUGCCACGGCAAACUCCGACAGUAACACAGAGCCGACAGACACUCCUACUAAUGGACCCAUUAAUGAAACUGUGUGAGCAACUAUCGUCCUACAUGAAGCAGUGGUACUCACCAGUAUUUGUGUUAAUAAGGGAAAUUCCACAGGGUGCCCAUUAAUGUUAUCUUUUCUUGUGUGAACUUGAUUUAUCAAUGGAGGUGUCCAAAAAUAUUUGCUGUACUGUUCAAGAAGGGAUGCUUGAAGAUGAGUUUGAAUGUAUUUCCACGAGGAUAUUAAUUUCCUAAAUUAAAGCUUAGUUAAAAUGUUUUUGGGUUUUCAGGUUACAUCAGUAACUCCAAAAUAAAGCACAGAAGACUUUUUUUAGAGAUAAAAAUAGCUUUUAUAUAUAUUUAUAUAUAUAAGUGUAUGCGUAUUGGAAAGCUGGAUUCUAAUUUUGCUUCUGGGUGUACUAUUUUUGGCAAUUCAUAUUUUAAGACAUAAAAUGACAUAUAGUGUGAUGGAAAUUCGUGAUAUAUUGUUUUGUAAUUUUUAGCUUUUUAUAAUACAGCCACUUUUCACUUUGCAAAUUAUUUUUAUAGUUGGUUUUUCAAGUGAAAGCUUUGCAGUUGAUCUGCUUAAGAAAUGAUUGUGUAUAUAGGUAUGGUUAUUUACGUUCCGUCAAAGCAUAUCUAUUACUUUGUUAAAGCAAACUGAUUCUUUGAACCAGAUUCAGGCAGUGGGUUAUCAUUUACGAAUAAAAAUAUCACAGUUCAUUGACAAAAGACCAACAACGUGUUGUGGUAGCCUGCAUGCAGAAAUGGCUGCGGUAUAGUGGCGAAAACUCACGGUUAAGUCAAUAUUUAAACAGAAAAUGAAACCCGAUUUCAGUUUUGGGAACUGUGCAAUAGAUUGGAGCCGCAAGGGAGCCACUGAGGAUUGGGGAACAAAAUAAACAGAGAAUCUCCGCAGGUCAGGCAUCACCUGUGGAAAGAGAGAUGACUGCCAGUUCAGACUGAGGGAGAGAAGUAGGUUUGAAGCAAAGGGUAAUGGGUGGAACAAAGAGGCAAUUGGGCUCCUGUCACUGGUGAUUUACUGGGUAAUAAUCCAGGCCAUCUGAGAUAAAACAGGGCUGCAUAAAAGGACCACCCAUGGAGAUGUACAAAGUUAUCAGCAGUGUUAUCAGUCUCAUUGUGAAUCUAUGCUGCAACUAGUUCCAAGAAGAUGUCAGGAUCUUCCCAGAUUCUACAUUUCCAUCAGUGAACUGGAAAAUGGUAUUUUCCCCCUGAGGCAAACCAAUACUCCUUUGAAAAGCACAGUUAAGACCAUCUUUUUGCAAAGAUUCGAUUGGUACCAGGUGUUUGAUGUAUUUCUAAAAGAUUUAGGUUUGAUAAUUGCUUCAGGUAAUAUUUUGCGAUUUUUGCUGUCAGUGGAUGUUGCUAAGGCUAUUGUUGAUGUACAAGUAUGUUUUCAGUGGAUGUUGAUUUUCAAGUAGUUUUCACUAGUAAAAGUAAAAUUUUCAAGUAAUUUUCACUUUUCACCUUGGCUUCAGUGUUUGGAGAGAGACUUGAUUCCCUGCAUUGCCCCAGUCACUUCAAUGGCAGCAGGCUGUAGGUAGAAGCGCGAUCUGUAUUUCUAAAUUGUCAUUCAUGAUCACAAGAUAUCCCAAAGUGCUUUUGCGCCAAAAGAGAAACUUUAGAAUUGGUGAUAAUGUGGAGAUACGGGGAUGUCGCUGCUCAUUUGCACACAGCCAGCUGUAACAAACUAGCAAUGCUUUGGGUUUUAUAUUACUAUCGAUGUUCGUUGAAAACCAGGACUCCUCGCUCGCUCUUGCGGAAGUCAGUGCCUUGGAGGUUUAUUUCCGUGGGAGAGCGCAGUAGGUUAUUCCACUCAAUAUCAAGUUGAUCUCCAACUUAUAACAGGGUUGAGGAGCAUGCAAUGCUUCUGCUAUUGGAGGCAUGUUUAUUAGGAAUUGGUCUGGUUGGUUCAAACUGAGUUCUGUAGAUUUUACAUGAGAGGUUGCUAUUUAAAAAAAAGCUUUGGUUUUCUAAUGCGUAUUUCUUUGAUUCAGACGUAUGCUUUGUAAAACAACAAAAUAACAGAUUUUUGUACUAAUAGUGUUCUUGAAUAAAUUGAAAGUCAUAUCA